UCACUAAGAUUUCGAAACUUAUCCAUCUGUAGUUUUCUUGACUUCAUCUCUGGGGUUUUUUUUUUUUUGGGUGUUUCAAAAAAUGGCACAUUACCAGAACCAGUACGGUGCACAAUCUGGAACCGAUCAGUACGGCAACCCGAUUCGCCGGACUGAUGAGUACGGCAACGUGAUCUCCGACACGGGAGUGGGACAGUACGGCGACCCACUUCACCGGACUGAUGAAUUUCGCCAGACUGAUCAGUAUGGCAACCCGGUUCGCCGGACCGACGAGUUUGGUAACCCGAUAGGCACCGGUGGGGCCACGUAUGAGGCUGGUGGAUAUGGUGGCACCGGUUACGGCGGAGGACACCACCAACAUAAGGAGCAUCAAGGGGUACUUCGUCGAUCUGGAAGCUCCAGUUCCAGCUCGUCGGAAGAUGAUGGGCAUGGAGGGAGGAGGAAGAAGGGGCUGAAAGAGAAAAUAAAGGAGAAGCUGCCGGGUCAUCACGACCCUCAGCAGCAGUCGCACGCAGCGUCAACCACCACACCCGGCGGUUACGGGUCGGCGGAGUACGGCAGCGGUGGGUAUCAGGAGAAGAAGGGAAUAAUGGAGAAGAUCAAGGAGAAGCUGCCAGGAGGACAUCACUGAGCUGGCUGGCCUCCCAUGUUUAUAUAUAUUAUGUUUAUGUAAUGUAUUAAUAAAGUUUUAGCUUUCUGAUCUUCGUAUAUGGCAGCUUACAUAGAGCUCAGCUGCUGUGACUAAAUAAUAAGGGAUGUUAUGGCUGUAUGGCCUGGGUGUGUGUAUUAAGUAAUUUAUGGAUUGUGGUUUUGACUUUCUUUUAGUAA